AUGGGAGUCUCUUUGCAGCAAUUCUUGCUUGCCACUUGCACACAUGCUGCUUUCACCCUAGCUGCCCAGCCCCAGAUACUGGCAGAUACCAACCGCGAUGGUGUGAUCAAUGACCUUGAUAUAAACAACAAGCAGGCCUGGACGGAUCAGCGUGGCGCCAUCUUCAUACCCAACAUCGGAGACAUUCACCAGCGCUGUUCCGCCAUUGACGCCAAUGGUCAGCCACUGGGCAAUAGGGAGCUGUCGAUGUGCAAUGAUGCAUCGGGCGACACACUUCUUGUGCCCGAGUAUGCCGCUCCCGUGCGAACCAGUCCCCUUUCCAAUCUCUCAGCGGAUGCCAUGGGAAGGAUUUACACCCGUCCAGAAUCAGCCCUCGACCGCGUCCGCAUCUUUUGGAACCAAUAUGGAUACGAGAACGCGUAUAACUCCUCGUGGAGGUUGACUGAUCCUCAAUUCCUAUUUAACGCUACAAGCAUUGGUCAAGGACUCGAGCUGGCAGUUGAUGCUACAGAGCUUGUGACCGGAUCUACCUCGUGGGACGGACGAGUCUCCAUCGUCUAUGAGAUCACGGAUGCGAAUGUCACACGCUCAGACUCAGUUGCCUUGCAACAAGCCCCUGUUCUCUUCCACCAUCACCUGCAAGGUGUGGAGACAGUGCUGACGAUGGAUAGCGACGACACCACAUCGAGCCAAGCUCGGUUCGUUCAAUCCAUGCAAAACACCCUCGAACGCAUCCCGGGCGGUCUACCCCUAAGGAAGCUUGAAGCAGUCGGCGAACCUUGGGCUCAGGAUUUCAUGGAGCCGGGCUAUGUCAGUAUGCCUGGGCCUGAUAGGCCAAUAUCUAUAAGGGUCCUUGUACGAUCUGCGCAGUCUACCCGAGUCGCUGGCCGCAAGGUAUUCGAGGAGCUUAGAGGUCCCGGCGUCGGUGGCCAUCAGCUUGGGCCUGGAUCUGGUUUCGGCCAUGAGGAGAUUAAUUCAGGCGGUAACAUCGAGACCAUCCCUCCUUAUACUUCUAGAUCCGGAAAGCACUGGGCCCAAGGACGGAUAAUUACGGCAAAGCAUUUUGGCAAGUAUCCGGCUCAAUCAAUGAUCGACUUCAUGGUUGCUCAGGAGGCACAGUCACCCCUGAUUCUCGAGGCUGGGUGGCUUGCUGUAGGACAUGUCGAUGAGUUCGUGCAGUUCCUGCCUUCGGAUAACCACCUUGGUUUCACAAUCGCUGUCGGAGAUGCCAUGUUGGGGCUCGAGGUGCUGCAAAGGGCCCAAUACGAUGGCCAUGGCUCUACUAUCGUGAAUAGUUUUGAUGGAGACAUGACGCCAUAUCCCAACGCCAUCUUUCUCGACCCUGAAACUAGGAACACGACAAUCGACAACCUCCUUUCGGAUGAUGAUUUCAUUCAAACCAACAAAUACGGUCAGAGAUACGUGCAGCAGAAUCUCGAUCUCCUCCUGCAGGAGAUCCCUCUUGACGAGGCAGAGGUGCUCCGCGUGCCGGCCCUGUGGCGAGACGUGACGUACCCCUGGCCUCUCACACUUGAUGGCCUUCCACCGCGGCUACACAGGACGAUCCCUGGCGAGAGGCAGCUGGCCGCGUACAUGCCAGCUGCGGUGAACGGACUUGUUCUCGGGUCAGACUACAUUUCGGCGAAGCCCUGGGGGCCGCUCAUCAACGGUCAGGAUCCCUUCGAGAAGGCCAUCAGGGACGUGUACGGCAGGGUGAACAUGACGGUGCAUUUCGUGGACGAUUACAUGUCGCAUCAUGUUCAGGGAGGAGAGGUGCAUUGCGGGACAAACUCCCUACGAGACACCAGUGUACCGUGGUGGAACACCUGA